CAAAAGGUCUGUUUGGUUGUCGAGAAAAUUUUUAAUCUUUAGGGAAAAAAAAUUUGAAUCGUAAUUUGAUAAAACAAUGGAAGAAUUAUUUGUUUUGAUUCUCUCAAUGCUUCUUGUCGUCGGUUUAAUACCGUUAUAUCUAUGGAAACGCCGUCAAGAUCGAUCGCAAGACGAACCGCAACAACAAGAAGAACGGCAGGUUCCGAGAGGAGAGACAGUGGCGCGUGCAACUGGUACGCGUAGAAUGCGUAGAAGACCAGCAGCUGGAGCGAGUUCAUCAAGAAAUGUUGAAGCAACUGUCGAAGAUGCUGGUGCUGAAAGUGAUGAUGAAGUUGUUGGUGGUGCUAAUCAUGAUGAUAAGGCAUCGAAGAAGGAGAAGAAACGGCAGGAGAGGGAAGCACAAAGACAGGCUGAGGAAGCGGCACAUGAUUCAAGGCUCACCAAACAAGACCGUUAUGCAGAAAUGAGGAGGAGGAAGGAUGAAGAACGUGAGGCGAAAGAGCGCAUGCUAGAAGAAGAAGCCAAGGCUCGACAGGCCAAGGAGGAGGAAACUGCUGCGUUAGAGUUUGAUAAAUGGAAAGGAGAGUUUUCAGUGGAUGCUGAAGGAUCAACAGGAAAUGAUUUGCAAGAUGGAAAUCAGGAUUUGUUGUCUGAUUUUGUGGAAUACAUAAAGAAACAUAAAUGUCUUCCUUUGGAAGAUCUUGCUGCAGAAUUUAAGCUCCGAACUCAGGAAUGUAUCAACCGGAUCACCUCCUUGGAAAGUAUGGGGCGACUUUCUGGUGUCAUGGAUGAUAGAGGAAAAUACAUAUACAUCUCACAAGAAGAGAUGAGAGCUGUUGCUGACUAUAUUAAGCGGCAAGGGAGGGUUAGCAUCUCGCAUCUGGCAAGCAAGUCCAAUCAAUUCAUUGAUUUGGAGCCAAAAGCACAGUUUGUUGAGGAAAUCAGCAACGCAGAAGAACUCACUGUUGCUUGAGUUGGUGUAUUUCCUGACUUAGCGUCAUAUAGAUAGAAGAAAAUCAUGGUGCCCCAUCAACAGAAAAUAUUAGAACUUUUUCAAUUUUUUGUGAUGUAUAAAAGAGAAAAGAAAACGACCAUGAAGCAGUCAAUGUGCAGGCAGAGUGCUGUAGGUUUUACGUGGGAAAAACUCAGGAAAUGUUUCCGAGCUUAACUGGACUUGCCAAUCCUAUUUGUUUUGUUUAAACCCUUCAUAUCAGAUACGCUUGAUCGUUCUUGAAGAAUGCAUUGAUUGCUGAUGGUUGAGCUGUGUUUUUUCGA